AUGAUUUCCGUUUCUUUAAUAUGGUUUGGAGUUAAAAAAAUGCCAAGGGUUUUAUCUCUGGUUCUUAAUUUGAUAGCUAUUUUUCUAUUAUGCUUCCUUUUGGUUGGUUGCUCGAAUAAUAAUCAAACAUCAACUUUUUUAUUAAAAUAUAAAUUCAAUCAAGACUCACCAAUGUAUAAAAUUGUUUCAAAUUCUUUUAAUGAUACUAGAACAUCAACUACUAAUAAUAGCACCAAAGUAAGUUUAAAAGGUUUAGAAGAUAUAGAAAUUAAAACUGGGUUGCUAGGUAUUUGUGUAACUAAUUUACCUGAAUCUUUUUCUCAAAAUUAUACUGGUAAUUCCGUAUGCUUUAAUAGAUUUAAGUCAACAACUAAUAUGACGCUCUAUAACGAUUUGGAAAUUAAGAUAUUGACAUUCGGCAGUAGUAGUAGUAGUAGUAGUAAUAAUGACAAUACGGAGAACACCAGCAAUUUAAAUAUCUUUCAAAUUGCUUUAGAACAAUUAAAAAUUAUUCACCCUGGUGUUUUAAUUGCCACAAUUGUUUGUAGUUUAUUUACGUUUUGUUUCAUUGUUUAUGUGACAGUGCCAUAUAACCUGUUGCCCUUCAAGAAAACAAUUAAUCUAGUCACUAUUGGCAUUGCAACAUUAUCAACCGUUUUACAAGGCUUUAAUGCUAUUUUAAUUGCAAUAGGUGUAAAGACCAUGGUCAAUGUUGUUAAUGAUGCCACGAUGAACAUUUUAUUAAUUGAGUCAGGUAAUAAGGCACAAGCUAUGAACUGGACCGCGUUUGCGUUGUUGUUAUUGGUCUGUUUUAUUUUAGUGGGAUUAUAUUUCAGAGAUUAUAGUCAUAAUAAUACCAAACACACCAUGUCAAACAAAAAUAAAAGUAUUAAAGAAAAGAGAAAUCCCUCUGAAAGGUAUGAUAAAGACAAUAAUAUUACUGAUAUUUUUACUAGUAGUAAAUAUAAAAAUAAAGAUGACAUGGAAAGUGCCAAUGAUUAUUCAUCAGGAUGUACCAAAGUUUAA